AUGGAUGAAUUAUUAGAAAUUAGAUUUUAAGCUUUAAAUGAAUUAAAACAUCUCAAUCCUUAAGAUAAAGAUCAACUUUUAAUUCUAUUAUAUAAUCAUCUCCAUUGUGAUGAUUUGAAAAAAGUUUCAGAAACCAUUUCUUAAUAAUUUUUCCCAUUCUAAUAAGAAUUGUUGAGCAUUAUUCAUUAAAAAAAAUUAAAUGAAUGUAUUAUCCAUUGUUUCUAUUCAACCAUUAGUAGAAAUUGGAAAAUUAGAAGAUCUGGAUUAAAAACACUUUUAUCAAUCGUUUUACAUUGUUAGAAUAGAGAUUUACCAAUAAAUGAAAUCUUAAAAGUUGCUCAAAAUUGCACUUUGUUUGAAACUGAUUUCAAUGUAAAAUAUUAUGGAUUUAGAUUAAUGUACCAAAUCAUUAUUUUGGAUUAGAAUUAAAUAACACAAUUUUAAGAUUAAAUAAUUUAAAAUUGUUUAUUUAAUUUUAGUGAUGAUUCAUAAGAAUGUCAAGAGUUAUGCUUAAAAAUACUUAUAAAUUUAAUUUCUUAUUAGAAUUUAAUUCCACAAUUAAUACUAAAAACAGAUUAAAUACUAAAUAAAGAAUUGGCAUAUAAAGAUUUAAAGGAAAAAAUAUAAAUAAUGGAAAAAUUUUAGAAACAAAGUUUAAAUUAAUCAUUUUCAGAAGAAAUUAAAGAAGAAAAAAUAAUAAAACAUUAAUUAAAUAUAUUUUUAGGGAUAAUUCUAUGUUUAAUAUAAAUUAUAAAAUUUAAAUUUGAUGAAAAAACAUUGCAUUAAGUUAUCUAAAUGAUUUGUUAAGGAUUGUAGAUCAAGAUUCUAUAGUAAGAAGUUGUUUAUAAUUUUUUAUUAAAUCAAUUGAAAUAAAUUUAAAUGUAAUAAAAAGAGUUAGUGAUAAAUUUAAUAAUAUAAUCUAAUCUGAUAGAUAUUUUAAGAUCAAAUAAUGAAAUAGAAGUAGUAAGAAUGAUUUAUAAAAUCUUAGGGACACCAAUUUUGA